GCCGAGCUGGUGCGCAUGGGCUGGCAUGCAGCGGCGUCGCCUGCCGCGGACAUCAUUCCCGGUGGCGCUGGGCAUGGUGGCCUGCUGACCAGGGCGCCCCACAGCCAUGGCCCGGGCAGGCUGGGCACGAUGAAGUCGGAGGUGUUUGUCCCAG